GAGGGAGUAGCCCACGCGGUGAUCCCGCUUCUGCCCCUCCAGUGAGGGAUAAUUAAUAAAUACGCAACGCGUUCCGUCGGCGGCGAUCGAGGUUGUCGAUCAAGGCGGGACCGGAGAAGAUCUUUGGCGAACCUGGCGGUGGAAGGCGAGAAGACAGAGCCGAGAGAAGGAAGAGGUGGGAGGGGCGCGUUGUCAGGCAGUUCUGCUGCAGCAGCCGAGGAGAAAGUAACUUUGCAAAGGCGAGGCGAGGCAUGGCCUCAGGAAGAAACCCGGGGAUGAGCCGUCUCUGGGGCCAGGCGCGCCGGCUUUGAAGUCUUCCCGAUUUGUAAAGCGGGGAGAUCGCAGGCGGCUCCCCAAAAAGGAAAGGGGACGCCCGCGGCACAGAACAGCGCGGCUGUCUGUCGUCGUCGUCCCCCCACCCCCCGCGCGCAAAAGCGCAGCCUUUUCGCGCACGGGCAGCAUCGGCGGCUCCGGAGAGAGCGAAGGCGCUCCGCUCGAGCGGCGUAGGAGGAGGCGCUGCGCCGUCGAGGAGCUUCGCCCUCGCCGGCCUUUUCUGCAACCUUCGCCCGGCGAGGACCUCCGGCUCUGUCAAGCGAGCCUCUCGGGAGUUCGGUCAGACGACAGCAAGGCAGGGAAAAGAAAGGAAGGGAGCGCCGAGGAGCGCUCCAAGCCGCUCCGGGAGAAAGCAUGGAGAGCGCGCACAGCCUGACCGCCGAAGAAGUCCUGCGGCGUUUCGGGGUGCGGGAGAGUUGCGGGCUCAGCGUCGAGCAGGUCCGACGGCACCGGGAGAAGUACGGCGCCAACGAACUUCCAGCUGAAGAAGGAAAAUCACUUCUGGAGCUAAUAUUGGAGCAGUUUGAAGAUCUCCUAGUACGCAUCCUUCUCUUGGCUGCUUUUGUUUCCUUUAUUCUGGCCUGGUUUGAGGAAGGAGAAGAAACCACCACAGCCUUUGUGGAGCCUGUUGUGAUCAUUAUGAUCCUCAUAGCUAAUGCAGUGGUAGGAGUCUGGCAGGAGAGGAAUGCUGAGAGUGCAAUUGAGGCCCUAAAAGAAUAUGAACCAGAAAUGGGGAAGGUGAUCAGAGCAGACAGGAACGGAGUCCAGCGGAUCCGAGCUCGAGACAUUGUCCCAGGCGACAUUGUGGAGGUAGCAGUUGGCGACAAAGUGCCUGCUGACAUUCGAAUCAUUGAGAUCAAGUCCACAACACUGAGGGUAGAUCAAUCCAUUCUUACAGGCGAAUCUGUCUCCAUCAUUAAACAUACUGAUCCAAUUCCAGACCCAAGGGCUGUUAACCAAGAUAAAAAGAACAUGCUUUUUUCUGGAACCAACAUCGCUGCAGGCAAAGCUGUUGGCGUUGUCAUUGCCACUGGAGUAUACACAGAGAUUGGUAAAAUCAGGAAUCAGAUGGUGGCCACAGAGCCCGAGAAGACCCCUCUGCAACAGAAGCUGGAUGAGUUCAGCCAGCAGCUUUCCAAGGUCAUCUCCCUUGUCUGCAUUGCAGUCUGGGUCAUCAACAUCAGCCACUUCAGCGACCCCGUGCAUGGCGGCUCCUGGUUUCGCGGUGCCAUUUACUAUUUCAAGAUCGCCGUGGCUUUGGCAGUGGCUGCCAUCCCUGAAGGACUUCCUGCAGUUAUCACGACUUGCUUGGCAUUGGGCACCCGCCGGAUGGCCAAAAAGAAUGCCAUUGUCAGGAGCCUCCCCUCCGUGGAAACCCUAGGAUGCACUUCGGUCAUUUGCUCUGACAAGACAGGCACCCUGACGACCAACCAGAUGUCCGUCUGCAGGAUGUUCAUUGUGGAGAAGAUUGAGGACAGUCAUUGCAGCUUGCACGAGUUCACCAUCACUGGGUCCACCUACACCCCUGAGGGACAAAUCUUAAAGAAUGAUAACCCUGUUAAGUGUGGAGAAUUUGAUGGCCUAGUAGAACUUGCAACCAUUUGUGCCCUUUGUAAUGAUUCCUCGCUGGAUUAUAAUGAGUCCAAGAAAGUUUAUGAAAAAGUGGGCGAAGCGACAGAAACAGCCUUGACCUGUCUUGUGGAGAAGAUGAAUGUUUUCAAUACAGACACCGGUGGUUUUUCCAAAGUAGAAAGAGCCAGUGCCUGCAAUACCGUAAUCAAAAAGCUGAUGAAGAAGGAAUGCACCCUUGAAUUUUCCCGCGACCGCAAGUCCAUGUCUGUGUAUUGCACACCUGUGGCCUCCAGUCACAAUUCCUCAAGCGGCAAGCUCUUUGUCAAGGGCGCUCCGGAAAGUGUCAUUGAGCGCUGCAGUUACGUUCGUGUCGGCGGAAACCAAGUCCCUUUGACUUCAUCCAUCAAAGAGAAGAUCCUCUCCAAGAUCCGGGAAUGGGGUACCGGCAUCGACACUCUACGGUGUCUCGCCUUGGCCACAAGAGACCAUCCACCUCGGAAAGAGGACAUGCAUCUCGAUGACUCCAGCCAGUUUGUUAACUACGAAACUAAGUUGACCUUUGUUGGCUGCGUGGGAAUGCUGGACCCUCCUCGGAAGGAAGUGGUGUCAUCUAUCGAAAUGUGCAAGAAAGCGGGCAUCCGUGUCAUCAUGAUCACCGGAGACAACAAAGGAACAGCCGUGGCUAUCUGCCGGAGGAUUGGGAUCUUCUCGGAGAGCGAGGAGGUGGCUGACAAAGCCUACACAGGCAGAGAAUUUGACGAUCUCUCACCAGACGCCCAAAGCAACGCCUGCCGUUCAGCUCGAUGCUUUGCCCGAGUAGAACCUGCGCAUAAGUCCAAGAUAGUUGAAUACUUACAGUCGUUCAAUGAAAUCACAGCGAUGACUGGUGACGGAGUGAACGAUGCCCCUGCUUUGAAGAAAGCUGAAAUUGGUAUCGCAAUGGGCUCUGGAACAGCGGUGGCCAAAUCAGCUGCAGAGAUGGUUUUGUCAGAUGAUAAUUUCUCUACCAUUGUGGCCGCUGUGGAGGAAGGCAGAGCUAUUUACAACAACAUGAAGCAGUUCAUCCGCUACCUCAUUUCUUCUAAUGUUGGAGAAGUCGUCUGCAUCUUCUUGACGGCCAUCCUGGGCCUUCCUGAAGCUUUGAUCCCAGUCCAGUUGCUUUGGGUGAAUUUGGUGACUGAUGGGCUGCCGGCUACAGCCCUCGGCUUUAAUCCUCCUGACCUUGACAUCAUGGAUAAAUUGCCCCGGAACCCUAGAGAACCUCUCAUUAGUGGAUGGUUGUUCUUCCGCUACCUUGCAAUUGGAGUUUAUGUUGGGUUUGCAACUGUAGGUGCAGCUACUUGGUGGUUCUUGUACGAUGCUGAAGGACCUCAAGUUACCUUUCACCAACUGAGGAACUUCAUGAGAUGCACAGAAGACAACCCCAUCUUUGAAGGCAUUGACUGCGAAAUCUUCGAAUCCCGUUACCCAACCACCAUGGCGCUCUCCGUGCUGGUGACAAUUGAGAUGUGCAACGCACUCAACAGUGUCUCUGAAAACCAGUCGCUGCUCAGGAUGCCUCCCUGGCUGAACAUCUGGCUCCUGGGAGCCAUUGUCAUGUCUAUGGCUCUGCAUUUCCUGAUUCUGUACGUGAAGCCAUUGCCUCUGAUCUUUCAGGUGAUCCCACUUAGCUGGCCUCAAUGGGAGACAGUGCUGCAAAUCUCUUUGCCAGUUAUCCUGCUGGAUGAAGGCUUGAAGUAUCUCUCCCGUAAUCAUUUAGAUGGCAAAGAGACCAAGAAAUGACCUGCACAAAAGAAACUCAGUUUCUCCGCAAAAUGAAUCGUAAACUCUUACCUGGGACUGAAGAAAUUGCAUGCUUGAACAUUUCCAAAAGACAUCAAGGAAUGUGCAUGUUUUUGAAGUCUCGGACUUAAUGCGGGUGAAUUGUCAAAAGAAAUGAAAAACUGAUAUUUUUGUUUGGUUUUUAUUUUUACUUUUGUUAUGUAGCUGGGUUUUUUUUUCCUGUAUAUAGUUGUGCAAAUACUGGACAGUUAAAUUAUGGCUGGGGAGGGAAGGUAAAGUUUGCUCUUUAAUGGAGGCAAACCUUUUGAGAUCUGCUUCUGAAGAUUUGAUUCCUUUUUUUUUAAAUUCUCUUUUUUUCAGCACCCUAAGAACUGCAUUUUUCUCUUGAAACAAGGAAUUAUUUGUGAGUUUUAUUCUAUGGUUCUUGUGAGAAGUAGCCCCUGGUGGGAUGAAUCUAUCCUUCACCAACAAGACCCUCUUUGACACAGUCCUGUCAGGUUUUAUAAGAGACAGAAAAUACCAUAUGACUUGAGGUAGCCAAUCAGAUUUUUUUGAGAAGUAUGUUUGACCACUUGAUUGGCUACUGUAUAUUCAUCAUAUCUUACUGGAGACUGGCUGCUGAAACCAUGCUUGGCUUUGUGUAGAUGCCUAAAUUCUAGAAUUAGAAGAUGGCUGCAACGCUUGUGCUUGCAGGCUUAUGAGAAAGAGGGUAGAAAAGUUCAAUGUACCCUUAACCAUCGACUUCUGCCUUGUUUUGUUCUUGUGGGAAACUUUCUCCCACCAUUUUUUCAUAAGUUUUCUUGUAUGGAGGAGGACCUCCAGCUUCUUCUAUACCAGAAAGCUGAAUUCAGUGUGGAAUUAGUGUGGAAAACUGGUAUUUUGAAACAAAGAUUUUAGCUUGGCCAUUUCUCUCCUAUAUCAAUUCUUUAUUCAUAGAACCCCCCUUUGUAUAUAAGGUAUUGUGUGGAGACAUAUCUAUCCAUGUUUGUGUGACUGUAGACCAUAAAUAUAUAGAAAUAUGUCUCAUUAGAAGUCAAUGCAUUGAUCCAUUUAGCGCAGGUGUGUCCAAUCCGCAGCCCAUAGGCCUCACGCAACCCUGGACAGGUAGUAAUAUAGCCCGAUAAGAUCAUAAACCUUUAACAUUAUUAUGUGAUUUUUUUAGCAAUAUUUUGUAUACAGUAACUAUACUACAUGUUUUGUAUGCAGCCCAAGACAAUUCCUCUUCAUUCAGUCACGGCUCAGGCAAGCCAAAAGGUUGGAUGCCCAUAAUUUAGCCUAUCUGCCUGGUAGCACAAUUUUGUGAGCUAUUGUUUUUCUCACUUGCUGCCUGAAAUCUUUGUAACUGGAGAUAUUGGAGGCUGAAUCUGUGCACUCCUACAAAAAAAACUGAAAUAUUUUGCCACUGAACUGAGAAGCUACCUUUGGGUAAACAAAUUGAUACAUUUUGGCUAGUAUUAGUUUCUGUGUGAACUGUCCAGAGUGGCCUUCAAAGAUAUAAUUGGGGGUGCCAUAAGAUCAGAAUAAUCAUAAUAGUUACUUUCUAACAAAGGGACAACCUUCCUUCUGUAUAGUUUAUUCUUAAUAUCCCUUUUUUCAAGAGGCAACUGGACUUUCUGGUUUUUCUUUGAAGAUGUUUUGCUUCUCAUCCAAGAAACUUCUUCAGCUCUGGAUGAGAAGCAAAAUGUCUUUAAAAAAAAAACAGUUGCCUCUUCAAAAAAACACCUUUGGGACAACCAUGACCUGGAUGACUGGAGAAUCCCCAUAGACAUUUAUUCUUAAUAGAUCUCUCAAGAAAAAACCAAGAGUCUUGUACUGAAAAGGGUCCAGAUAAAAUUCAUGAAUGAUACGGUAAAAGACCACAGCAAUUCUGUUUCUCCAUAUCCUAAGAGACAUGGGACGUUUAUACAAUUUAGUUCAUGGUCCUUGAAGAUUUAAAGGGUGCAAAAUAAUGUCUUUAUUUGGGGCAAGAGUUUGCAUUCUCAUUACUUAUCAAACCUGGCUGUUUUUCAGGCCAGGUGCCUAGAACUGUGAUCUGUGUAAUCCAUAACUCUUACGGAUGUAACAGAAGAGAUUUGAUGGCAUGGGUGCCAGAUUUUAAUUUCUAACCAUGGAUUUCCAUGGAAAGCUUCCACACUUUAAGAUGGUUAUUCUCACAACAGCAUCAAAUGUAGCUACGUGGAGAAUCAUAAAUGAUGAAUUUCCAGCCUUUGGAAAGAAGAUGAUAUUUCAGAAAGGUCCUCUUGAAGGCUGUUUUUGCAAUAUGGCCAAGGGCUUUUUCCCCAGGAAAAAGAAAAGUAGUCCCAUAGUAAUAUUAACAUGAAGUGUGGGUGUCCUACCUGACAGCGUUGUUGUUUUUUAAGAACAGUACCUAAGAGCAGAUGAUGAUUAUAGAGGAGAAGGAAAAUUAUUAGAUUUCUCUCUCACCUUUUCUCCAGCAUUACAAAACAGCUUACAUGAGCUUCUCAAUUUUACUCGUGUCAACAACAGUCCUUUGAGGGGCUGGGCUGAGCAGAGAGAUAAUGAUUGUCCCAAAGUCAAGUUGAGAGGACUUUCUAUACUAAUGGCCCAGCACUCCCAAAGGUGCUUUUUCAAGAGGCAACUGGACUUCCUUUGUUUUUCCUUGAAGAUGUUUCGCUUCUCAUCCAAGAAGCUUCUUCAGUUCAGUUCCGGCUUUUUGGAUGAGAAGCCAAAUGUCCUCAAGGAAAAACAAAGGAAGUCCAGCUGCCUCUUGAAAAAGCACCUUUGGGACAAUUAUGACCUGGGUGACUGAGAAUCUCCAUAAAUAUUUUAUCCAGUGUAUGUUGAGUUCACCUCUUUUUUUGCACACAAGAAUUGCUUUUUUGGAAUGAGCAUAAUUCUAAAGGCAGGUAAUUUUAGAGGAUUCUAACGGCUUUUUCCUACUGCUGUUGAAAUGCUUCCCACCCAUAUCCGAGUCAGCAGAAAACAGACAGAAUACUGACUGACUUGUCUUGCCUCUUUUUUUCCAUCACUGGCAAUCAUCUGCUUUCCUGGAAAAUGAGAGUUGAUUAAGCUUGACGGGCUUUAUAUCCCCAAGUAAGGAAGAAAAUGCAACUUUAGCACCACUUUAGCCACUUAAGGAUGGCUUAAGAAUGUGUCAUGGGGGCUGGGAAUAAAACGCUGGCAACAUCAAGGGGACAGGACAUAUUUGUGUAAGAGGAGAAAAGCCUCAAACUUCUUUCCUUAUUUGUUUUUCUGCUUCCAAGUUCUUACAGCUAUUGGCUAUGAUAUGUUUUGGCAUAUUGAAAUAGAUGCUUCCUGAGGCUUCUUAAUAUAUUGAGCUUUAAAAGUAUGUUUGCACUGUGCAUUUAAGCCGACUUCAAUCUAUUCUCACUUUUGAGCUAAAAACACCUGGAAAAUAUGACAGAGCAGCAGAGGGAGAAAUUAUCUGCAUGCGGCAGAGCUUCUGUUCCCUGCAUUAUUUGUCUUUGUGUGAUUGGUUUGCUUGCUUGUUUAUUUCUCUGAAGGAGUGACGUUGAGUUUACAUGAGUUUCGUUCCACUUUAAAUGUGCUGUCUGUGUUACUGAAUGGGGAGGGGGCAGUUAACCGUGAAGCCAUCAAGGCAUCAUAUGAAUCUAGACAUUUGCCGCACCAACUCAGGGAUCUUUCUCUGGCACUUCCAUGUUUCAUAUGUGGGCAAAAGUUUGGCUUGAAGUAUUUGGCGUUCUAUCAUAAAGGUCUUUCAUAAUUAAUUUUACAUCAUUCCUUUUGAAUGGGAAAAGAAGAGGGUGUAUACAUGGUGUAUGAAGUUUCUAUCUCCUGGCACUGCUUUCCCCCCACUUCUUAAUGGUCUCUUGAACCACGGAGACACAUUUCAAAAUUUUCUUAAAAGAGUCUUCAAUUGCUUAUCCAAUCAAUCUUCUUACUAACAGCAGUAAUGGUCCAGGAAGUUAUUUUAACCAAGACAGGUGUGUCUAUUGGGGUGCAGAGUGAUUAAAAAGAAAAAUUAAGUUGGUAGUUAUGAUUGCCUACCUCUGUUUUAUAUGUGUCUACAGAUAUAGGGGGGAUUGAACAUGAAUGUGUAACCGCCAUCUUACUUUUUUUUUGGACUGUCUGCUCUCUUUCAGAGGCCCCUGGAGCAAAACGCAGAAGAACUGUGAAUUAUGCAUAAGCGUGAGGGCAUUUAGUAAUAAAAUAUUUUGGUAGAUGAAGUUUCCCAAUCCCUCUACCUCUUUGUUAAUAAGAAUUGUAUUUCAUGAGAUUUACAUCAGUCAUGCAGCAGGAAAUUAAAAUCACAGGCAUGUUUUGUUCAAGACACAGAAGCUCUGCUUCAAAAGGUGAUGCCACCUGUUGAAUAAGUUUGUAUUUCUGUUCCUGAUAUCUUUCUUUUGGUAACCUUGUUUAUCUUCCAGCUGUUUUAAACAAUCUUGUCGGGAGCAGGGAUGACUUCUGUUCCCAAAGGGCCCAUUUCUAUUCAAAAUCAAAACUGGAGAAUCUUUCCUGCAAUUCUCUUUGUAUCUAAAGUUCUCAGAUUCUUCUCUAAAAACAAGAAAACCUACAGUCCCUGAUGAAAUCCCAAAAUAUGAUACUUAAACCUGUAUCCAAUAUGGACAAAAAGUGAUAUAUUUGUUUAUGUUACCAUACGCCUAUAUUCCGGAAAAUAAUGUCUCUUUGUACAUAGGCUGAAUAGGGAUGGAUAAACUUGUCACUUCUGAUUUCAUUUGGUUUCUUUUUCUUGCUGUAGUAUCAUGUUUAUUUCAUCCCAUUUCAUCCCGAGAAAUAUUUUUAAUUAAAAUCCCAUAAGAACAUUUUUGUACACUUUCUCCCAAUAUGCAUGUUUUUGCACAUAUUUUCUUAAAUUGCUGGACUGCAUCAAAACUUUGGGGAAUGUGCAAAUAUUGACAUUUUUGACAUUAUGGUUUUGUGUCCGGGUGGGGAAAGUAUAUACGUAUUAUGUUGUAAAUUGAACAGAUUUUUCUUCCAUUCUUCUUGAAUGCCACUGUCCAUGUGAUCUUUGCAAGAUUAAAUGACCCCCGUUUUCACAA